AACAAAGACGAGAGGAAAGACCGAACAGCGACUAGAGACCUGCAAAGGCAGGUCCAAAACGUGCUGUGCAAAAGUGCGGUGGUGUUACGAAUUACAAAUGCAGCAAAAAAGCAAUAUACAGACUACAUCAAUGAAAUAGGCCAUUACAAAACACAGAGCGGCAAGCUAUGAUGAAAUAUUUACUGGCUCAGAAAAUAGUGAAGGGUGGAGGGCGGUAGUGCAAGUAUUGCGAGGAAUAGGGUAUUUGGCGGGUUAAUGUGGUCGAAUCAUGGGUAAAAAUAAAGGACUUGCGAAUGAGAGUAUGGUGGAAGGAAUGUUAUAUGUAGCGAGGUUUUUUAGAAGAAAAACGAGGAGAAA